AGCUAGCGCUGUACUGAUGGAGCCCAAGAAACGUAACGUCUAACGUGUGUUGCAUCAAUCUAGUGUUCACGGUGCAGUAAUUCCGUGUGCAGCACGUACAAGUAGUGCAACGACGUGCACAUGCAAUUCAUUGAGCCAGCACCAGUAGUCGUACCACUCGUCUCUUAUAGGACGCGGGGGGCACGUGUACACCUCUCCGUAUUCAGGUUCAGCAACCUCCACGGCUGCACCUCGUAUAUAUAUAUGUACCUGUAUAUCCAUCAGCUAGCUAGCUAGCAGCAGCAGCAGCAGCAGCAAAGAGCGAGCUAGACAGACAUGCCGGGGCUCACGACGAUGCUGGCACUGCCAUGGGCAUCAUCACCACCGGUGCCGCCGCCGGUGAAGAAGAAGCUUUGCUUCAGCACCAGCAGCAGCAGCAAGAGGACGGCGAGCGCGACGAUACCGCUGGUCAACAAGAAGCACUCCGCUUCGUCGGCACACCUCCUCCUCAGCCGCGGCCGUGCCCUAAUGGCAGCGACGGUAACGGCACCCGCCUUUUCUGACGAUGACCAGCGAAAGGAGCUGCUGCUGCGGCACCUGGGGGAGGACGGCGGGUGGGUGGAGGAGCAGAUGCUGUCGCUGCUCACCCCCGUGGACGAGGCAUGGCAGCCCGCCGAUCUCCUGCCCACCUUCGCUGCCGCCACCGCCGAGGAGCAUCGGACCCAGGUGGCGGAGCUCCAGGCCCGCGCGGCCGGCGUGCCCGACGAGCUCCUCGUGUGCCUCGUGGGCAACAUGAUCACGGAGGAAGGCCUGCCCGCGUACAUGACCAUGGGGAACCGGGCGGGUGGCGGCGCCGGCAUCGUAGACGCCACCGGCUGCGACGACCACGGCUGGGCUCGCUGGCUGCGCGGCUGGACCGCCGAGGAGAACCGCCACGGCGACGUGCUCAACCGGUACCUCUACCUGUGCGGCCGCGUGGACAUGCGCCAGGUGGAGACGACGGUGCACCACCUCCUCCGCCGUGGCAUGAGCAUGCUGGAGCCCUCCUGCCCCUACCACGGCUUCAUCUACGGCGCCUUCCAGGAGCGCGCCACCUUCGUCUCCCACGCCCACACGGGCAAGCGCGCGGCGCUCCACGGGGACGCCUGCCUCGCCAAGCUCUGCGGGGUCAUCGCCGCCGACGAGAAGCGCCACGAGGUCGCCUACACGAGGGUCGUCGCCAGGUCCUUGGAGGGCGACCCGGACGGCGUGGUGCGGGCGCUCGCGGCCGUGAUGCGAGCCAAGGUCACCAUGCCCGGCGAGCGCAUGACAGACGGACGCGACGACAACCUCUUCGAUCACUUCUCAGCGGUGGCGCAGCGCGCGGGGGUGUACACGGCGGCGGACUACGGCGACAUGGUGGAGCACUUCGUGCGCAGGUGGAAGGUGGCGGAGCUCGAGGGGCUGUCCGGCGAGGGGCGGCGCGCGCAAGACUACGUGUGCGGGCUGCCGCGUAAGAUCCGCAGGAUGGAGGAGCUGGCCCACGACCGCGCGGCCCAAAAGGAGGCCCAAUCCGUCAAUAUCAGCUGGGUGUUCGACAGGCCCGUUCGUCUGCACUGAAGGAAAGUCGAAGGCCAUCUCCUCAACUGAACAAGGCCCAAUUACUAGUACUGGAGUAUAUUGUAACUGAGCUUAUGCACUGUACAACUAUAAAUGUGCAGCUCUAAGAUCACAAACUUUAAAUAUGUACAUAUAUAAGACCUAGUAAGUUUCCAUGAUAAAUAAAGCUUGAAUAAUUAUUACUAUAUACUCCCUUCAUUCCGAAUUAUAAAUCAUUCCAAAAAUCUUGGAGAGCCAAAACAUCUCAAGUUUGACUAAAUUUUAAUGAUAACAUAAUAACGUUUAUGACACCAACUAAGUACCAUUAGGUUCUU